GGGAUUCUUUUGCAUCCAGCAGCUGCAUCUUAGCUUCCUUCUGGACCCGCAGGACCCCUCCUUGGAGGCAAGAAGGAGCAUCAGCCGGGAAGGGAACUGGGUUCGAAUCCCGCCUCCCCUUUGCCUCCCUUUGCACUUUGCAGGGAAUUCGGGGGGAUGUUGGCUGGGGAAACUGAUGCAGCCUCUGGCCGGGCAGAGCCAGGAGGUGGAAGUCCUUUUUUGCCCACUGUAGAGAGUCAGUCCAAAGCUCAAAGGGAAGGGUCUGCAUUCCUAGAGCGGCAUCAACAGACCCGCAUUGCCCAGUCUCUUCCGGGUCCCUUGCGCCAUGUGGGUGGGAGGUCGCUAGUGCGGUUGGGGGGAUCGACGGAGGAGGCGGAGAGUUUUUAAGGGACAGGGAAGCGAUAAAGGGAGGUUUUCUGGGAAAAGCAUCUUGGUGUGGUUGGGAGAGCGGGACCGUCCGCGGGGAAGGUGCGUCUGUGGUCUUGCAAAAAGCCCCGCAGGAUUCACCCACCCCACCCCCCACCCCCAGUGUGGUCCCUGACAGCUGCUCUUCUUCUUCGCUGGAGGCUGAGAUGUCCUCUCCGGGGAAUCCUUCUCCGCUUCACAACUGACCUUCCAGGAGGUCACAGAUCUGGCACUUGCUUGUACAGAAGAAUCUGGCAGGAAGGUGAUCUAUUGGUCCAGGUGGAGGCUUUUAGAAGAGGAAGGGAGGAUGAAGGAAGAGCCAGACUCACCUGUCCAUGAAUCAAGAGAAGGCCUCGAUGUCUCCAAGGUUGGAAGCAGCAGGGAAUUUCAGGAAAGAUCCAUGAAGAAGAGCCUGGGAUACAAGAAUGUCCUCCCUCCAGAAGUCCAGCGCCAGAUCUUCAGGAACCUCCGCUACCAGGAGGCCGAGGGGCCCCGAGAGGUCUGCAGCCAACUCCACCAUCUUUGUCGCCAAUGGCUGAAGCCAGAAAGGCACAGCAAGAAGGAGAUGCUGGACCUGGUGAUCCUGGAGCAGCUCCUGGCCAUCCUGCCCCCAGAGAUGGGGAACUGGGUCAGGGAAUGUGAACCGGAGACCAGUUCCCAAGUGGUGGCCCUGGCAGAAGGCUUCCUCUUGAUCCAGGCAGAGGACAAGAUGCUGGACCAGCAGGCUCAGGAGCAGAUCACGCAGGAGCAUUACCACAGAGCAGCUUUUCCAGGUGGUUCCCUACAUUCUUUGCCAUCUCUUCAGGGCAGAGAGAAAGCAGCUUCCAGACAGCCUGAUCAGGGUCCAGUGAGCUUUGAGGAAGUGUCUAUUCAUUUCUCUGAGGAAGAAUGGACUCUGCUGGAUCCAGACCAAAGAAGGCUUCACAAGGAGGUCAUGGAGGACAAUCAUCAGAAUGUGGCCUCUCUGGGCUUUCUGGUUCUCACACCUGAAUCCAUAUCCCCACUGGAAGAAGCAGGAGAUCCACUUGACCAGGCUAGAGAAGAAAGAAAGAAUUCAGCAGAGGAUAAUGGUCUCCAGACUGUGUCCAAGAGAGAAUUACACCUCCUCUAUGAUGAAGAGCAGAAAAGAAAUACAGAAAUAAAAUGGAAGAGAGGGACUGAAUGCUGUACUUCUCAGAGUGCUGCAUCCCAGAUAUUUGAUACACACAGAAAAAUUAACACAGGGGAGAAACUUUAUAAAUGCUUCAAAUGUGGAAUGGGCUUUGGUUGGAAGGGAGACAUUUCUGGACAUCAGCUCCACACAGGGAAAAGACAUAAAUGCCUGGCGUGUGGAAAGAGCUUCACUAAGAAUUGCAUCCUUGCUUCUCAUCAACAAAUCCAUACUGAGGAUAAACUGUAUAAAUGCUUGGAGUGUGGAAAAAGCUUUGCUCAGAAUUCACAUCUUACUCAACAUAAACGAAUCCACACUGAGGUGAAACCAUUUAAAUGUUUGGUGUGUGCAAAGAGCUUUGCUCAGAAUUCAGAUCUUAUUAAACAUCAACGAAGCCACACUGGGGAAAAACCAUAUAAAUGUUUAGAGUGUGGAAAGAGCUAUGCUCAGAGUUCAGCUCUUACUAUCCAUCACCGAAUCCACACUGGGGAGAAACCAUAUAAAUGUUUGGAGUGUGGAAAGAGCUUUAUUCAGAGUACCAGCCUUCUUGCACAUCAACGCAUCCAUACUGGGGAUAAACCUUAUAAAUGCUCAGAGUGUGGAAAAAACUUUACUACGAGUUCAGAUUGUAGUCAACAUCAUCGAAUCCACACUGGGGAGAAAUUAUAUAAAUGCUCUGAGUGUGGAAAAAGCUUUUGUCGGAGUUCAAGCCUUACUCACCAUCAUCGUAUUCACACUGGGGAGAAACCAUAUAAAUGCUUGGAAUGUGGAAAGAGCUUUGCUCAGAAUUCAGACCUUACUAAACACAUACGUAGUCACACUGGGGAGAAACCAUAUAAAUGCUUAGACUAUGGAAAGAACUUUGCUCGAAGUACAGCUCUUACUAUUCAUCAACGAAUCCACACUGGGGAGAAACCAUAUAAAUCCUAUAAAUGCUUGGAAUGUGGAAAGAUCUUUGCUCAAUGUACAGCUCUUACUAUGCAUCAACGAAUCCACACUGGGGAGAAACCAUAUAAAUGCUUGGAGUGUGGAAAGAGCUUUGCUCGGAGUUCACCUCUUACUGAACAUCAACGAAUCCACACUGGGGAGAAACUAUAUAAAUGCAAAGAAUGUGGGAAGAGCUUUGCUCAAAAGACAAAUCUUAAGGUGCACCAAAAAAUUCACACUGGGAAGAAACCAUAUAAAUGCUUCGAGUGUGGAAAAAGCUUUGCUCAGAGUUCAGACCUUACUAAACAUCAACGAAUCCACACUGGAGAGAAACCAUAUAAAUGCUUAGAAUGUGGAAAGAGGUUUGUUCACAGUUCGAACCUUAUUGCUCAUCGGCGAAUCCACACUGGAGAGAGACCAUAUAAAUGUUUGGAGUGUGGUAAAAGCUUUUCUCAGAGUUCACAUCUUACUCAACAUCAGCGAAUCCACACUGGAGAUAAACCAUAUAAAUUUAAAUGCUUGGAAUAUACUGGGGAGAAAACAUAUAUAUGUUUGGUCUGUGGAAAGAGCUUUGCUCACAGUUCACGUCUUACUCAACAUCAACAAAUUCACACUGGGGAAAAACCAUAUAAAUGCUUGGAGUGUGGAAAAGGCUUUUCUCAGAGUUCAGAUCUCACUAAGCAUCAACGAAUCCACACUGGAGAGAAACCAUAUAGAUGCUUGGAGUGUGGAAAGAGUUUUGCUCACAGUUUCCAUCUUACUCAACAUGAACGAAUCCACACUGGCGAGAAACCAUAUAAAUGCUCAGAGUGCGGAAAAAACUUUGCUCACAGUUCAUAUCUCGCUCAACAUCAACGAAUUCACAAUGAGGAUAAACCAUAUAAAUGCUUGGAGUGUGGAAAAACCUUUGUUCAGAAUUCACAUCUUAUUCAACAUCAACGAAUCCAUACUGGAGAGAAACCAUAUAAAUGCUUGGUUUGUGUAAAAAGCUUUGCUCAGAGUUCAGAUCUUACUAAACAUCAACGAAUCCACACUGGGGAGAAACCAUAUAAAUGCUUGGAGUGUGGAAAAAACUUUGCUCACAGUUCAUAUCUUGCUCAGCAUCAUCGAAUUCACACUGGGGAAAAACCAUAUAAAUGUUUGGAGUGUGAAAAAAGCUUUGCUCACAGUUCAUAUCUUGCUCAACAUCAACGAAUCCACACUGGGGAAAAACCAUAUAAAUGCUUGCAGUGUGAAAAGAGGUUUGCUCAGAGUUCAGAGCUUACUGUCCAUCGACGAACCCACACUGGGGAAAAACCAUAUAAAUGCUUGGAGUGUGAAAAGAGCUUUGCUCAGAGUUCACAUCUUACUAAACAUCAACACAUGCACACAAGGGAAAAAGCAUACAAGUUCUUGUAGGGUGGAAAGAGCUUUGCUCACAGUCUUAUGCUUACUGCUCAUCAACAAAUACACAUAGAAGAAAAACCAAAUGUCAUUUGGAAUAUGGAAACAUUUGAGGUGAAGAAAGAUCUUGUGAAAUACCAAAGAAUUUGUAGGGAAGAAUCAGCGUAAGUUCUUGGACUGUGAAAACAGCUUUGUUCAGAGGCAAACUUUAGUAUUGACAAAUCCACCUGGGGGAAAUAAUAUAAAGCCUUUGAAGUACUUUGCUACAAGCUUAAUCAUUCAUUCCCAUCCGAAAGUCGAUACAAAUGAGAAACAUAUAAAUGUCCUGUGUGUGGAAAGACAUUCAGUUACAGCAGAAGAUUUACUGACCAUGAAAGAAUUCAUAGUGGUGGUGGAAAGUGCCAGCAAGUUGCAGCUGAAUUAUGGUAAUCCCCCUAGGUUUUUUAAGGCAAGGAACAUUUGAGGUGGUUUACUAUUGCUUGCCUUUGCAUCACAGCCCUGGUACAUUCCUUGGAGGUCUCCCACCCAAAUAGUAGCCUGGGUCAGCAAUGCAUAGCUUUCAAGAUCUGACGAGCUCAGGCUAGCCUGAGCUAUCUAGGUCAGGACCAAAGAAGUCAGACUGAAUCCUCAGACUUCCAGUUUCUCUUGCCGCAAGUCACGCCUUACCAAAGGUACAAUCCCAAGACCCUUUUUUUCCCUAUAGCCGCUUGAGAAUUAUGUCAAAUUCUUAAUUCUCCCAACUCCAAGAAGGGGAGAACUUGCUGUUUACUGUGGUUCCUAUGGAAUCUAUUCUGAAGAGCGGCAGCUGCAACAUGCCAGCUUUUAAGAAGUGGGAUAGUGGGGACCGAUGCCAUCACGGGAGUCUUGGGAGCCACCUCAGAUACCAAAAAUAAGAAAAUAUUGGUCAAUACCCUUAGGAGAAUAUUAUUAUAAUGGGUGAUUUCAAUGGCAUAAUUAAUUAUACAUCAAACAGAAGAGGGAAAAAGAAAAAUCCUAAAGAUACAUGAUGUCUGGAGAGAGAAAAAGGGUGCAACAGAAGGAUUUACCUUCUCAGACAUGCCUCUAUGUCAAGAAUUGAUAUGGGCUUCAAAAAUUACUGAUAGCACACACAGAUGAAAUAAAUAUUUUACCUAGAGUAUUAUCAGACCACAGCCCUAUAUGUGGGGCGAUUAAAAAGGAACAGACUAGAUUUAGAAAUUAUAAAAUUAAAGAUUGGCUAGUUCAAAAUAAAAAUAUAAGUGAAAAAUGUGAAGAGAAAAUUAGAUAAUUUUUUUGUUUUGAAUGAAAAAUCUACCCAGAAUGCAAGUUUAAUUUGGGAAACAAGUGAGGCUUUCAUAGGAGGUAUUGUGCAGCAAAGUAAGAAGAGGAAGAAAGCAAGCUACUGACAAAAUUGGCAAAUUAGCAAAUUAUGAAAGAGAAGGAAAAUAUCAUAAUGAAAAAAAUUAUAAGAAAAAUGAGAAUGAUUAGAGCUAAAUUA